AUGGGCGACUACAAGCUGUCAGCCACGCUGCGUGGCCACGAUGAUGACGUCCGUAGCGUCGUCUUUCCAUCAUCAGCCUCGAUCGUUUCGGCAUCGCGAGAUUCUACGGUCCGUCUGUGGAAGCAAGAGUGCACUAAGCCGCCCACAUACGACAGCACCAUUGUCAAGACACACGGGAAGGAGUUUGUGAACUCUCUCGCCAUCGUUCCUCCUUCGCCACAAUACCCUGAGGGGCUCAUUGCUUCUGGUGGCAAGGACCAGAUCAUCGAUGUACGGCAGCCCGGCAAAAACAUCGAGGACGACGCAGAAGCUCUCCUCGUUGGUCACGGCAACAAUGUCAGCGCGCUCGACGUCAGCCAAGAUGGCAAAUAUAUCGUUAGCGGGGGCUGGGAUCUGGAGGCACGCUUGUGGGUAGUAGGCAAAUGGGGCGAGUCGAGGAAGCUGGGAGAGCACGGCGCAGCAGUCUGGGCGGUGCUUGCCUACGACAGUAACACUAUCAUCACCGGCUGCGCCGACAAACAGAUCCGCAUCUUCACUCUCGCAGGCAAGCAGACACGGUCGAUCCAAGCACCAGAGGUCGUGCGAGCUCUGUGCCGGCUGCCAGGAAACCACUCUUCUGGCGCGCAGUUCGCCUCAGCAGGCAACGACGCCAUCGUCCGAUUGUGGACAUUGCAGGGCAAGCAGGUCGCUGAGCUGCACGGUCAUGAGAACUUCAUUUACUCACUUGCAGUACGACCGGAUGGCGCGCUCGUCAGCGCAGGAGAGGACCGCACGGUGCGCGUGUGGCAGAACAACGAGUGCGUCCAGACAAUAACACACCCUGCCAUCUCCGUCUGGUCCGUUGCAGUCUGUCAGGAGAAUGGUGACAUCGUCUCUGGAGCCAGCGACAAGCUCGUUCGAGUUUUCACUCGCGACCAGGGACGCUAUGCCGCCUCGACCGAGAUCGAACAAUUCAAUGAGGAUGUCAAGGGCUCUUCGAUACCACAGCAGACGGUCGGAAAUAUCAACAAGGAGCAGCUUCCAGGCCCAGAGUUUCUCACACAACGGUCAGGCACAAAGGAGGGCCAGGUUCAGAUGAUUUCGGAGGCCAAUGGCAACGUCUCGGCAUAUCAGUGGUCGACGGCUGCGAACCAGUGGGUGAAUAUUGGCACAGUGGUCGAUUCAGCUGGAAGUGGAGGACGAAAGAUCUCGUACAAUGGCAAAGAAUACGAUUACGUCUUCGACGUCGACAUCGAAGAAGGCAAGCCUCCGCUCAAGCUGCCGUACAACGUCAAUCAGAACCACUACGAGGUAGCCCGCAAGUUCAUCGAGGACAAUGAGCUGCCACUUACAUACCUCGACCAAGUCGCAAACUUCAUCGUACAAAACACGCAGGGUGCCACACUAGGCCAGAGUAGCGCGCAGGGUGCAGACCCAUGGGGGUCCGAAUCGCGGUAUCGCCCCGGAGAUGCAAACGAGGUGCGGUCACAGCCGCCGCAAACUCCAGCUGCACCGAGCAUUCUACCUCAGAAGGACUACCUCCCUAUUGUUACAGGCAAUCAUGACGUCAUAUUCAAGAAGUUGCAGGAAUUCAACCAAGCGCUGGUGGACAAUGGUCAGAAGGGUGUUUCACUGAAUCCCUCCGACAUUGAACAACUGGACAAGACCGUUUCUGCCCUUAAGAAGGGCGUUGGUAAAAAUGUUGAGCUAGCUGGCCUGGGUCUACUGGUUAAGGCGGCAACAGAGUGGCCGACAGAGAAGCGUCUCCCAGCUCUCGACUUGAUUCGUCUGGCCUUAACUCUAGAGGAACCAGCAGCAUACCUGGUAUCACCCGAGCAGAAUUUGGUGAAGGGCCUCGUCGAGUCUGGCGUAUUCUCCGCAGAGUCACCUUCCAACAAUACAAUGAUGGCAGUCCGUCUGGUGAGCAACUUACUCCAAACGGAGAAGGGCCGCCUCCUGGCCAGCACAGAAUUCGACAGUAUUCACCCUCUGGUUGCACCCUUCCUUACAGCAAGCACCCGCAACUUGAUCAUCGCGCUUACCACCCUGUACAUCAACUACUCGGUGCUUCUCACAUCGGAAAACAAUGCGGACCGUGCUUUGUCACUGCUUGAUGACCUGGGCAAGAUCCUCAACUCAGCCACCGACUCUGAGGCGGUGUACCGCGCCCUCGUAGCUACUGGAACACUGCUCAGCUUGGGCCCCGACUUCUGCGAGGCUGGUAGGGACAUCCUGCAGAUUGGCGAUGCUGUCAACUUCGCGGAGAGCAAGGUCAAGGAACCCCGGAUCAAGAACGUUGUCGCGGAGAUUCGGCAAAAGCUGCACGAUUGA